ACAUGGAGUCGCGUGGCGGCGAUAUUUCUCUUUCUUUCUUUAAAAGCUCUUUUUCUCUUGGUUUUAUUUUCUCAACCGUUGCUCCGUGUUCAACUCGCGUUUUAGCAGACACAGAAGACAAAUCAAAUAAGAGUGAGAAAGAGGAGGAAAGACUUCUAGAGAGAGCGUGUUUUAGAGCGAGAAAGUUUUCUAGAGAGAGAAACCGAGUAGAAUAAUCAACUAGUGUUCGUUCGGCGCUGCCCAUUUUGAACGAUUUCGUUCCUAAAUCUCAGAUUCUUGGUGUUAUAUUAUAAACCAUUGUUCUUUUGAAUAUAUUUUUAUCUUGACAAUUAGGUUUAAUUGAGAUCGCAAGUUGAUCGCGAUUCGAACCGUCGAGAGAAAAGUUCCAGACUUCUUUGGUGAUUCGUUGAUUCUGCAACUACAGAGUUACAAGAAUUCCUCAAUCUUGGAGCCCUUGAUUGCUGAUAAUUGGUGAUUUGUGAAGGAAAAGUGAUUUGAACUUGUAAUUAGUGUGUUAAUAUUCAUUGAAGACUGGUUUUAACAAAUAUUUCUGAUGAAUGAUGUUGACCUCAACUGGUGGUUUAUGAUGUAAUAUGGCACUGGUUGACAUUCGCAAAUAUGUCGCUUUACAUUGGUCGCGAGGCUUCAAAGCUAUGGAAGAGAUUUUGCGCAGAGAUAACAACAGAAAUCAUCCUUCUUCUAGAAAAUUGGAAGUAUCUUCUUGCUGGUCUCAUCUGUCAGUACAUCCAUGGGCUGGCUGCUCGAGGAGUUCACUAUUUUCAUCGGCCAGGACCAACUCUUCAGGAUGUUGGGUUCUUUCUUCUUCCGGAGCUUGGACAAGACAAUGCUUACAUCAGUGAGACUGUAUUCACCUUCAUCUUUCUAUCCUUUGUCUUGUGGUCUUUUCAUCCUUUCAUUUUCAAGAGCAAAAAAAUCUACACGGUUCUACUAUGGUGCAGGGUUCUGGCAUUUUUGGUUGGCUGUCAAUUUCUUCGGAUCAUUACAUUCUAUUCUACUCAGCUUCCUGGUCCAAACUAUCAUUGCCGCGAGGGUUCAAAGCUUGCUAGGCUGCCCCGUCCAGAUAGUGUACUUGAAGUUUUGUUAAUUAAUUUUCCUCGGGGUGUAUUAUAUGGUUGUGGUGAUUUGAUAUUUUCAUCUCACAUGAUCUUUUCUCUAGUCUUUGUGCGCACAUAUCAGAAGUACGGCACAUGGAGGUUUAUAAAGCAGUGUGCUUGGUUAAUGGUUGUAGUUCAAAGUUUGUUGAUUGUUGCAUCCCGCAAGCAUUACACUGUCGAUGUCGUUGUGGCAUGGUACACUGUCAAUUUGGUGUUUUUCUUUAUCGACCAGAAAUUGCCAGAACUCCCUGACCGCACUAGUGGAGCUGGAGCAUUGUUGCUGCCGUUGACCAAGGAUAGUAGGACGAAAGAAGAGAAGCACAAGACUCCUUCAGAGAAUCACAAGCUCUUAAACGGAAACUCUGGAGAUCCUGUAGAUAGGAGGUCGAGAAGUCAAGUGAAUGGCAAAAUUUUGGAAGAUGGAAACACAGUUCAUGUUGAUGCAGGGAUGAACGGUGUGUAGAUAAUAGGAAUGAUGUCAAUUGGGACAGAUUGAGAUGCUGGAAAGAACUUUUACUUCAAUCUGUUUUUAGGAGUGGUCCUCUUUGGGGAAAAAAAAUGGUAAUUUGAUUUGUAUUCCAUCCACUGGAAAUGGAGUUUGGUUUUGCUUUCAAACAUUUCAGGUCUUGCUCCUAUGGUUAAAGCCAUUCAGCAUCAGUGUGUACCAUGGAAUUCUCAAUGCUUCUAUAAUCAUUUUCCAUCAUUAUGCUA